AUGGCUUCUUCGCAGAUACGACAGUUUGCUAGCCUAAUUGAUCAGUUACCUUGUGACGUCGAAGACCUUAAUUUAAUUGAUAAUUUAGAAGUAUAUAAUAAAUGUUUUGGAAAUUCUAUAAAUAACGAUAAUACUAAAGGUUCAGAUAGCUUAUUUUCGUAUAAUUCUAAUAUUACUAAUUAUUUAAAUAAUUUAUCUAAUUGUCAAUUUCAAUUUAAACGUAUGCACAACACAGAAGAAAAAACAUAUUCUAAUUAUUCGAUAAAUGAAAAAGGAAAUCCUAUGUUAUUAGAUAGACCAUAUUUAAAUAAAAAUAAUGAACAUGAUGAUCAUGAUAAAAAUAUGAGUUUGUCCGAUUUAAUAAAUAUACAGUCUAAUCCAUGUACUAAUAAUGAUGUAUAUAGAAAUAUUAGUACAAAAAUAUCAUUUCAUUCAAAAUAUACAAAUGAUAAUAUUGAUAUUAAUAAUAAUCUUAAUAAUUCUUUAUUUAUUCAUUCCAAUGAUUUAACAGAUCAACAUAAAAAUAAUUUUAUCGAAAAAUUAAAAAGUCCAAUUAUACUAACUAAUAAUAAAAGUAUAAACAAAAAUUCUAAAAAUAAAAAAAAAACAUUACUAAAAAAUAAUAUCUCUUAUAAUAAUAAUGAUGAAAAAAUCAAUUUUUUAGAAAACGAUCAAAUUAUCAAUAACAAUAAUCAAAAUGAUACUUAUGCACAAUAUAAUAUCAAACAUCCUUUUAAUGAUAAUUUACCUCCAUCUCAUGAAUAUAAUAACUUACAACAAUAUGAUAAUCAUAUGUUUAAUUCAAAUUGUGUAAAUGGUAUUAAUAAUUUUUAUACAAAUGGACAAAAAAUAAAUAAUUCCAAUCAAAUAUUUAAUAGUUAUAAUAAUAGGACUUAUUCAGGUGAGUCCAAUAAUGCAAAAAGUGUAAACGGAUUAAUGAUCAAUAAUAAAUUAGGAAGUAAACUAGAAACAUUAAAUUUCCCUAGUGGACAAAAUUUAUCUAACAAUUUUAUGUCUAAUAAAAAAGAAAUGACUACAUUUAAUGAUGUAAUACAAAAUGUGCAAAUGAAUUCACAAGGAAAUAUACCAUAUGAUUUUUACGAUAUACUUGAAAGAAACCACGAAUUGAGUAAACAUAUUUUAUUAUCUAAAAAACCUAAAGUAAUAAAAUUGGAAUCUAAUAAAUCGUUAAUAAUUUUUCCAGUAAGUAUUCAUGAACAUGGAAAUAAAUAUAUAGCAGUUAAUCAAGAAGAUCUUUUAGAAUAUAUAUCAUCUUCUAUUGAAAUUGAAAAUGAGGAUAUUUCUUCAUUAAGAAUAGGAAUACAUCAGAAAGAAAAAGAAUUACAAAAUAUGAAAGCUGCUUACGGUAUGCAAACUACCAAUAUACAUUAUUUAAUUAAUAGAGUUAUAUUUAAAGAAUGUGAAUAUGAAAAAUUGAAGAACAAAAAUAUUAGCUUAGAAAAUGAAAUGAAGAAAUUAAUUCAUGAAAUGAAUUAUCUUAUUAGUCAAAGUAAAGAUGGUUUAUUUAUGCAAAAAGUUUUUAUUGAUCAUAAAUCUAAAUGUGUUUUAAAAUUACAAGAAUUGAAACCCUUCUUAGGUUCUUAUUAUGAAGAUAUUUUUAAUUAUAUAACUUCCUGUAGAACAUUAGGACAAUUAAGUAUAUGGUUACCUGCAUUCCAAAUAACAGAUCCUUCUUUAGAAACUGUAGCUAAACAUCUAAUCAAAAUAUUAUUGAAUGGUUUAGGUAGUCCUUUUAAUAUUUGUUCUGAAUAUUUUUUAUCCAAUCAAAACUGUAAUAAUAAUAUAUCAUUAGAAACAGAAGGUGAUUUCUUUAAAAAAAAUUUAGAAAAAAAAAAAAUUAUUGAAAAUUACAUAAUUACUAAUAUGAAUAGCAUUAAUACAAAUAAAGAAAAUAACUACAAUUUAUCAAAUUGUCAAUCUAUAUCAUUAAACAGUGAAAGCUCUUCAUUUAUGGAAGCUGAAGAAUUAUUUUUUAAUUCAUCUAAAUAUCCAUCUAUGCAUUCAGUUAUUUUGAGAAAUACAAAAGAACAAAAAAAGAAAGAAAAAAUUAUGAACCAACUAAAUAGAUCAAAUACAACUCCUGAAGGUUUAUAUACAAAUAAUCAUUUAUUUACAUAUAGUGAUAAAAUAAUAAAUGAAGAUAAAACAGAAUUUACAAAUUCACAGGAUUUUAUUAACAGUGUAAUAGAAGAACAACAUUUCAAAAAAAAAAAAAGUGAUAAUAAAAAUGUGAUAAAAACAAAACAAAAUACAAACUACAAUAAUAAGCGUAAUAAUAGUAAUACACAAAACAAGCAAAAUAAAAAAAUUAAGAAAAACAAGAAUGUAAAUUAUAAUAACAAUAUGACUACUAAAACAAAUGAUGAAAGUAAUACAUUUAUGAAAACAAAACAAUGCUUAGAAGGUUCCAAAAUAAAUGAAUUACUAAGAGCAAACGAAACUUUAAUAGAAAAUGAAAUAGAAACUAAUAUUUAUAAAGAGAAAAGAGGGGAUAAAAUGGACUUAAGUCAUUUUAUAAAUGUAAACGAAAAUGAAGUGGAUCUAAGUCAUUAUAUAAAUGUAAACGACAAUGAAGUAGAUCUAAGUCAUUAUAUAAAUGUAAAGGAGCUUAAAUUACAUUUAAAGGAUGAUAACACUAUAAAAAGCAACAAUAAUCAAUUUGAUCAAAUAUCUAAUAACGUAAAUGAACAAGAGGAAAAGAAAAAUAUAACAUCUAAAGAAAAACAGACUAAUAAAAAUAAAAAAAAUGAAAUAUUAAAUCGUUCUAAUGAACAAUUAGAUGAAACACAAUAUAAGAAUAAAAUGAAAAGUAAAGAUAUACAUAAUUUAAUUAAUCAACAAGAUACUGAAAAAAGUAUAUCCAGAGGUUGUAGUUUAAAAGGAAGUAUGGAACAUAUUUCCGAUAAAAAUAUUCUGACUGAAUAUGAAAAAACAGCUAGUCAGAAUGAUAUUGAACAAAUAGAAUUGUUAAGGAAUAAAAACAUAGAAGAUGAAACAUUAGAAAAAGGCAAAAUGUGUGAUGAACACUUAAUAAUGUUAAAAAAAGAUGAAAAGUUAUAUAAAAACAAAAAUAAAACAGAUCAGGAAUUAUGUUCCUUAAAAAAUAAACCUUCUGAUGAAAAUCAAAAACAAAAUGAAUAUUCAACCGAUAAUAAUAAUAAUAAUAAUAUGGAAAUUUUAAGAAUGAAUAAUCAAACGAAUUUUAAAAAAAUGGAUACAAUAAUGGAAAACAAAAGUAAAGAAUUGAAUGAGGAGGAACAGAAUAAAAAAUGA